UCAAAGAUGGACAAAUUUCGCAAAUCUGUUUGUGAUAAAAAUAUGGACACUUUUCGAAAGAAGUGGAAUCAAAGUGGAUAUAUAACGUCUAGCGAUCUAAAUGUAGUCAUUCGAAUGGUAUCAGAACAAGGGUUUGUUGAAGGACUCCGCUUCAUAGUAAAGGAACGAGGUACAGAAUGUCUUAAUCUCGGAAAAGAUCACGACGUGUUUCAUGUUGCAUGCAAAGCUGAACAAACAGAGGUUGUGAAGUUUUUGCUAGCCCUGGAGGAAUUUGACAAUACUACAUUACUUAAUAGUGAAUUCUGGAACUGUUUAUCCAAAUGGUCUGAGGCAAAUAUAAUCGAAGUUAUAAGUAAAUUACUAGAAUGUGGAAACGUUAACAUAAAUAACACAACGAUACCACCACGGCGCGUUUCCCUACUUUUUCAUGCAAUUGAAAAUAGACGGAAGCUUUUAGCUGAUUAUCUUAUUCGACAGGGAGCCGAUGUUACAUUCGUUGGUAAAUUAGAUGUGCUAGGAACUAUCAGUUGUGCUUGCCUCUCGGCAAUACAAAUUCCAUCUCUUCUUCCGGAUUUACUGAAAAGGGGAGGGAAUGCAAACGAUAUAUAUGAUGAAAGUGGACUAUCAGUUUUGAUGUUGGCAUUUAGAAAUGAUGCAGACCGGAAAACAAUAGAAGACAUUGUACGUGCUGGAGCGAAUUUGAAAUGGAAAGACAACUCUGGAAAAACAACUCUUUCCAUGUUAACAUCAAUAGAUCAGCUCUAUGGUGUAAUGGAUGCUGGGGUCACAGUAGAGGAGAUGGAGAAAAUAUAUAAUUUUGCUACUUUGGACUUCAUCUUUUACGAGUGUGAUCCUUUCAAAGACAAAGAUAUUUUUAGGAUCAGGCGAAAAGUAACGUCAACCGAUUUAGAGGAAGGUUCCCCUUGCGAAGCUGCUCAUCGCCUUCUGGAUCUUGGAGCCAAACCACAUAAUUGCUUAUUGAGUAUGAUGAAGAUAGCCACAAACGAUGAUGUGUGGCUUAAGUUAGGAAAACGAUUAUUGGAAUCUGGUGCUGAUCCAAAUGAGACAUCGGCUAAAGGAAAAUCUGUUAUUUCAACUGCCAUUAAACGAAAUUUAGUUAACUUGUUAGAACUACUCUUAAGACAUGGUGCCAACGUUAAUUAUAUGGACUCUCGUCAUAAGACACCGUUGGAAUAUGCUUGUCAAUUAUGCAUUAUCGACAGAGAAUUCAGAAUUGUUAGGAAGCUCCUCAAAUAUCCAGUUAAAUGGAACGAAUGGAAUUUUGUCGAUCAUCUUCAGGUUGUAUCAGUGAAUGCUAUUGCGCAUUCUUCAUGGUAUAGCAGAAGUUAUCACAAGCUCACAUACGACUUGAUAAGUGUUUUUGACUUUUUCAUCGCCGGGGCAGAUCUUAUGAAAGAACGGUCUGGCAGCGAAAAGGGCUCGUUUGAAAGUGCAAGUUAUUUAAUUGAGUCCACAAAAUUUUUUAUGCGCUGUGGGUGGAACAUCGAUUCAGACAGAGAAUGGUUUCAAAAUUUAGAAAAUAGAGAAGAGUUCGGCUUUGGUUUUAAUUACGAUUUUAUCGACUAUAUAUCUCAGGUUACUCCUGAGAAAUAUAAAUCUCUUGCAGCUGUGUUAAACGAAAUUUUGAGAGAGCCAAAAUCUCUACAAAACCUUUGCAGGCAUAAAAUUCGGCAUGAGCUUUCAUUUUGUGGUCACAGUAUUUUGCCAUUAAUUGACGAUCUACCACUUCCAACAAAAUUAAAAUCCUUCAUGAAAUUUGAAGAUCUUGAAGGUCCAGGAAUGGAGGAAGUGAUCGUACGCUCGAAGUGUGAUUUUGAAGAGUUUGAAGAUCCUUAACACAGAUUUUAAAAGACGCAGAAGCAUAUUACAACUAAAGGCAUAAUUAUAUAGUCUGCACAGCAUUCAUCUUAUAGAAAGACUGCAUGAAAAGCUACAAUCCAUUUGUAUUUGUACACGCUUUUUACUUGCUUUGUCUUUACUUUGAUUUUCUAUUCUGUAUGAAUGAAGAAAAAUCGUAAAGGGUGUAAAAUUAAA